CUGCCACUUCCUUCUUUGCCUCUGGCCAGUGCAUCCGCGCGCUGGCAAGCCGUAGUCAAGCGGGAUCCCACGGCCACCACCUUCGUCUACGCGGUCCUCACAACCAAAAUCUACUGUCGCGCAUCCUGUCCCGCCCGGCUCGCGCGACGAGCCAACGUCCGCUUCUACGAUCUGCCCGCUCAGGCCGAAUGGGCAGGGUUCCGGGCGUGUAAGCGCUGCAACCCCGAUUCCCUCUGGAGCAGUAGCAACAGAAAUGAUAAUCCUCAGGUUCAGCUGGUGCAGCGGACAUGUCAGACGAUUGCAUCGCUGAUCCAGUCCGGGUCGAGGCCGACGCUGCAGGUUCUCGCGGCUGAGAUGGGGCUCACGACGAGUCAUUCUCACCGCGUGUUCAAGAAGGUUAUGGGCGUGACGCCGGGUCAGUAUGUUGCU